UGAGGUGUUCAUACUUUAUAUCUACAUGUACAUCUCUACUAGAUAUUUAUUUCUCUAUUUAUAUCAAAAGAAGCUGAAGGAAAUGAAUUUUGAACCCUCACCUUGUACAGCUCUGUCAUAUCAUCCUGAUCCACACAUAUCACGGUUUGUGGACACGUCAACCCAUUUUUCUUGUAAGGAACGGUAUUAUCGUACAGCCAUGUCUCAGACUUCGCAAGGUUCAGACAACAGAAGCCCUGGUGUAUUUGAUCGUCUCUGGGAGUUUCUAGGACCAAUGCAUUCUGUACAACCCAUUGACUUGAAUUUUUCCAGUGAUCCAACAGAGAAAGGUCCUACAAAUAAGAUUGAAAUUAGCAUGGAUUGCAUCAGGAUGCAGGAUUAUGACCUGACUGACCCAAUGUGGCCGCAGUAUACAAACUUGGGCCUGCUGAAUAGUAUGGAACAGCAGAUACAGAAUGGUUCUUCUUCUACCAGCCCUUAUGCCAACGAGCAUGCACAGAACAGUGUGACAACACCAUCUCCAUAUGCUCAGCCAAGCUCCACCUUUGAUGCCUUGUCUCCUUCUCCAGCCAUUCCUUCAAAUACUGAUUACCCAGGAUCUCACAGCUUUGAUGUCUCAUUUCAGCAGUCCAGCACGGCCAAGUCUGCUACGUGGACGUAUUCUACAGAUCUGAAGAAGCUCUACUGCCAAAUUGCCAAGACUUGUCCAAUUCAGAUCAAAGUGAUGACUCCACCGCCACAAGGAGCCGUUAUAAGGGCAAUGCCAGUCUACAAGAAGGCCGAACACGUCACAGAAGUUGUAAAACGUUGCCCGAACCAUGAGCUCAGUCGAGAGUUUAAUGAGGGUCAAAUGGCACCUGCCAGUCACCUCAUAAGAGUGGAGGGACACAGCCAUGCACAGUAUGUGGAAGAUCCAAUUACUGGGAGACAGAGUGUUCUGGUGCCAUAUGAGCCUCCACAGGUUGGCACAGAAUUCACAACGAUAUUAUAUAAUUUCAUGUGCAACAGCAGCUGUGUUGGGGGAAUGAAUCGUCGGCCAAUUCUGAUUAUUGUAACCCUGGAAACUAGAGAUGGUCAAGUACUUGGACGCAGGUGUUUCGAGGCUCGGAUUUGUGCCUGUCCAGGCAGAGACAGAAAAGCAGAUGAGGACAGUAUCCGGAAACAGCAAGGUUCAGACAGCACUAAAAAUGGAGAAGGUAUGAAGCAAUCUUUCCGACAGACCACACAUGGUAUUCAGAUGACGUCUGUGAAAAAACGGCGGUUACCAGAUGAUGAGGUGUUAUACCUACCUGUAAAAGGCCGGGAGAUAUAUGAAACGUUAUUAAAGAUUAAAGAGUCUCUGGAGCUCAUGCAGUACAUUCCACAACAUACCAUUGAGACCUACAGACAGCAGCAGCAGCAUUUACUGCAGAAACAGGACAGAAGCCUACAAAGCAACAUGCCUGGCUCCCGAAAUACAGGGAGGAGUGACAUCUUCUCCAGACAUCAAUGGCAAAAAAGAAUGCAGAGCAGCCCCAACUACAUGGAACACAAUCUAAAGUAUUCUCCAAUAGAACAAGAUGUCAGAGACGAAAAUUACCUAAAUGAACGAUUAAUUGUUUGUCAACAGAACAUCCCUGUUUACACACAGUGGUUUCCAGCGACAAACAGUGAUUUUAUGCAAGACAUAAAUGAUGGAUCACUCGAUAAACAAGCUUUACAAGGAUCAUUACAAGGACAACCUUCUUUUGGCUCUGCCUCUCCCCCCCUCAGCAAGAUGAAUAAUAUGAACAAGCUGCCUUCAGUUAGCCAGCUGAUGAAUCCACAGCAGAGAAAUUCCCUCACACCAAAUGCCAUGACAGAUGGUAUGGGAUCUAACCUUCCCAUGAUAAGUGCACAUAUGCCAAUGGCUGGUGAUCUUAACGGACUAAGCCCACCACAAACACUGCCUCCUUCCCUAUCCAUGACAACCACAUCACACUGCACCCCUCCUCCUCCAUAUCCAACAGACUGUAGCAUCUCCAGUUUUUUAGCGAGAUUGGGAUGUUCAUCCUGUCUGGACUAUUUCACUACCCAGGGCUUGAGCAGCAUCUAUCAGAUUGAGCACUACUCCAUGGAGGACUUGAUUAGCCUCAAGCUUCCAGAGCAGUUUCGCCAUGCAAUCUGGAAAGGUCUAGUAGAACAUAGGCAAAUCCAUGAGUACUCAUCGCCUCCUCAUUUGCUGCGGACAACAAGCAGUGCUUCUACCGUCAGCGUGGGAUCCAACGAAUCUCGCAGUGAAAGAGUAAUUGAUGCUGUGAGGUUCACACUGCGCCAGACCAUCUCCUUCCCACCCCGUGACGAUUGGAAUGACUUCAAUUUUGAUAUGGAUGCUCGCAGAAAUAAGCAGCAGCGCAUUAAGGAGGAGGGCGAAUGACUAACUUCUUGCCUUUCCUAUUAAUGUUGCCAUGCAGGGCCAAUAUUAUAUUUUCAACUUAUCUGUUUCCAUCACUCGCCAUUGUAUUUAUGUGUAUAUAUAUGUAUAGGGGAGAUGGUGGGGAGCAGUCGUAAGUUAGAGAUGAAGAUUUUAAGCUAAGUAUAUGUCUCCGUUGCCAUCAGUAACUUAUAUUGCAGCUCUGUAAAGCCCUGUGCAGAAAUGAAGCAUCAUCCAACUGUAUGGAUAAUAAAUUUCAGUAUGAAUAAUUCAUUAUAACGAAGGGUGACAACAGAAAAUGUUGUCGAAGGAUCUGAUCACAUGUCAUGUAUCGGUUACACCAAAUCCUACAAGGUCAAUGCUAUUUAUCCCUAAGACUACAUUUCAUUUCACUGUAAAAGUGGUGGCCAUAUCUUUCUUUUGCCCUAUUUUGUACUGAACUCAUACAAUGUUACUGUGUUCAUUUCUUACAGUAUUUCUUCACUGUGUCUUUACAAGACUACACCCAAUAGAUAUACACCCAGCAAUUAUCUGCUCUAUAACUGUAAUGUCUGGGUAGUUGAAAGAAAGAAGCUCCCUGUGCCAGCUUGUGUAGGCCCUGCCAAUACUGUUUUUCAGACAUGGAAUUAUUUAGAUACCCACGCCAGUUCACGUGGAUUUGUUGCACUUAUUAAAUCGUUGUCGUUCCUUUGAUCAGGAUUCAAGCAUUUCUUAUGGUUUGCCCACGAGGACCAUUUAGCAGAACCAAUGGAAGCUUUGCAUUUGUUACAGUGGAUGAUUGAAUUAUAUCAAUGAGGAUGAUCUACUGGAAUGAGUCAAAUGUGCUUUAGCUCUUAGCAGCCAAUCAGGAAUUAGCUUUGUGCAUAGGCUUCUUCACCCCAAAAGUGUUUACAUUUCAUUACUGCUGUAUAUUUCAUAGCCCAGAUAUUCUGAUCUUAGUAGACUUGAUGUACAGUAUAGUAGUAUCCUACAUCUGUAUAAGCACUUGGUUUUCUUCUCACUAGCUGUUUCGGAUAUGUGUCCUGACCAGUCCAUUGGCAAAAUCUUGUACAGAUGAGUCUUAUGUAUAAAAACUGUCUCAGACGGCAACUUUUGUCCAUUAAGACAGCUUUGAUAUAUAAGACCCAAUGUAUUUCCCUGAAUCACCUUAGACAACGGUACCGUUUGUUGGAGUCUUAUUAUUUUGGAUGAUUUGUGUUAAUUUAGGCUUGAUGAAUAAUAUAUGAAAGAGCAGCAUUACUUGCAUUGUGAGAGUGAGUUACAGAGUCUAAAGUGGAUCUAUCAUCAAAAUAUUGUCUAAGCCACUAAGAGGAAAUGUAUUGGACUCCUAGUUAUAAGGCUCAGUAUUCAUGACAUUUUGUACAUCCCACUCAUGCCAAUAUAUGGUCAGGCACUUAGGGGGGAAUUUUUGACUUAGAAGAGUCACAAAUCCACCAGAUUUACAACUUUUCAAUGCAUGGGUGACUUUUCUAGUCACAUACUGCAUUUUACGCCGCCCUCACUAAGUCUACGAAAAGGGGCAUGGCAAGGGCAGAAGUGAGCGUGUUACGAGAAA